GCAGAGUCGUAACUGUUGGUAGUACUAAAUACUCAGUCCACUUUUACUCUCUCAUAAAACAUUGUCACUCUCUUUUCUCGUGUUCUCAUUAGGGUUUUCUUUCUUUGAUUCAUCUGCCUCCUUUCGGCUUAAGUUUGUCUGAAAUUCAGAUUUUCUACUUCAUAGAGGAUCUUGAUAUGGCUGAAGAAGAAACGAAUGGAGCAGCAGAGGGUCUGCCACCUCCUCCCCCUGUUCCACCAGAUUUCACUCCUGCUAAAACAGAAGUAGAGCCUGUGAAGAAGAAGGUUCUACGUGUUCCAAUGGCCAGACGUGGCAUUGGAAACAAGGGACAGAAGAUUCAAAUCCUGACUAAUCACUUCAAAGUGAAUGUGACCAAUGUGGAUGGGCACUUCUUUCACUACAGUGUGGCCCUUUUCUAUGAAGAUGGUCGGCCAGUAGAUGGCAAGGGAGUUGGCAGAAAGGUCUUAGAUAGAGUCCACGAGACCUAUGAUACAGAGUUAGCUGGUAAGGAGUUUGCUUACGACGGCGAAAAAAGCUUGUUUACCAUUGGAGCACUGCCUCGAAACAAGAUGGAGUUUACUGUUGUCCUAGAGGACGUGACAUCAAACAGGAACAAUGGUAAUAGCAGCCCUGGUGGACAUGGAAGUCCAAAUGACAAUGACAGGAAAAGGCUAAGGCGUCCUUACCAGUCCAAAACUUUCAAGGUGGAGAUCAGUUUUGCUGCAAAAAUCCCGAUGCAGGCGAUUGCAAACGCACUGCGUGGUCAAGAGUCGGAGAACUCUCAAGAGGCCUUGAGAGUUUUGGAUAUCAUCUUAAGGCAGCAUGCUGCAAAACAGGGUUGCUUGCUUGUUAGACAAUCCUUUUUUCACAAUGAUCCGAAGAACUUUGUUGAUGUUGGAGGUGGUGUCCUUGGUUGUCGAGGAUUCCAUUCCAGCUUCCGGACCACCCAGAGUGGCUUGUCCCUGAACAUUGAUGUGUCUACAACAAUGAUUAUCCAGCCUGGGCCUGUAGUGGACUUUCUGAUAGCAAAUCAAAAUGCUAAAGAUCCUUUUUCACUGGAUUGGGCAAAGGCCAAACGUGUACUCAAGAAUUUGAGGGUGAAGACAAGUCCCACUAAUCAAGAGUACAAGAUUACUGGAUUAAGUGACAGACCUUGUCGUGAGCAAUUGUUUACCCUGAAGCAGAAAGGGAAAGAUGUGGACGGUGAGGUCCAAACUACAGAAAUUACUGUGUAUGAUUACUUUGUCAACCACCGUAACAUAGAGUUGCGUUAUUCUGCUGAUUUACCCUGCAUUAAUGUGGGGAAGCCUAAACGGCCAACCUAUUUCCCUAUUGAGCUCUGCUCUUUGGUGUCGUUACAAAGAUACACAAAAUCUUUGUCCACUUUCCAGAGGUCUUCAUUGGUGGAGAAAUCUAGGCAAAAGCCUCAGGAGAGGAUGAAUGUCCUAAGCAAUGCUCUCAAGAUCAACCAAUAUGAUGCAGAGCCCCUGCUUCGUGCCUGUGGAAUAUCAAUUAGCAGUAACUUCACUCAAGUUGAUGGACGUGUUCUUCCUCCCCCAAAGUUGAAGACAGGUAAUGAUGACUUUGUCCCUCGCAACGGCAGAUGGAAUUUCAAUAACAAGAGACUCGUUGAUCCAACGAAGAUAGAACGCUGGGCCGUUGUCAAUUUUUCUGCACGCUGUAAUAUACAAGGGCUAAUCAGUGAUCUGAUUAAAUGUGGAAAGCUGAAAGGAAUUAUGGUGGAAGAUCCAUUUGAUGUUUUUGAAGAGUCUCCACAAGUCAGAAGGGCUCCACCGCUUGUUAGAGUUGAGAAAAUGUUUGAACAAGUCCAGUCUAAACUUCCUGGGGCACCGAAAUUUCUGCUUUGUCUGCUUCCCGAGAGGAAAAACUGUGAUGUAUACGGACCAUGGAAGAGAAAGAAUCUGGCUGAGUAUGGCAUUGUUACCCAAUGUAUAGCUCCCACAAGAGUCAAUGAUCAAUAUAUCACAAAUGUCCUCCUGAAGAUAAAUGCAAAGCUCGGUGGUUUAAAUUCAAUGUUGACUGUUGAGCAUUCUCCCUCGAUCCCUAUGGUAUCUAAGGUUCCCACCAUUAUUCUAGGGAUGGAUGUGUCCCACGGCUCUCCUGGCCAAUCUGAUGUUCCGUCCAUUGCUGCGGUUGUCAGCUCAAGGCAGUGGCCUUCGAUAUCUCGUUACAGAGCUUCAGUUCGUACUCAGUCUCCUAAAGUGGAGAUGAUAGACAACUUAUUUAAACGUGUUUCCGACACUGAAGAUGAGGGAAUAAUGAGGGAGGCUUUGCUUGAUUUUUAUGUGAGUUCUGGAAAAAGGAAGCCUGAGCAUAUAAUCAUAUUCAGGGACGGAGUCAGUGAAUCUCAAUUCAAUCAAGUGCUGAAUGUUGAGCUGGAUCAGAUCAUUGAGGCUUGCAAAUUUUUGGACGAGAAGUGGAACCCCAAAUUUGUGGUGAUAGUUGCCCAGAAGAAUCACCACACUAAGUUUUUCCAGCCGAAUGAUCCGAAUAAUGUUCCUCCAGGCACAAUUAUAGACAACAAAGUCUGUCAUCCUAGGAAUUAUGACUUCUAUUUGUGCGCCCAUGCUGGGAUGAUUGGUACCACUCGUCCUACGCACUACCAUGUGUUGUUUGAUGAACUUGGUUUCUCGGCUGAUGAUCUUCAGGAGCUUGUUCAUAAUCUCUCAUAUGUGUACCAGAGAAGCACCACUGCUAUAUCUGUUGUUGCUCCUAUCUGUUAUGCUCAUCUGGCUGCAACUCAGAUGGGGCAGUGGAUGAAGUUUGAGGAUACAUCAGAAACGUCCUCUAUGCGUGGUGGAGUGACGAAUGCUGGACCUGUUGCUGUUCCCCAGCUUCCAAAGCUCGAGGAGAAAGUCUCCAGCUCUAUGUUCUUCUGCUGAGGCCUUGUUUAGCCUGUCACCUGCUUUUGCUUUUAAGUGUGGUUAAAAGUGGAUACUUGGUUUGUGAAUAGUUCCUUUCUGGUUUAAAACUCUCUUAAGUGAAUGACUAUGCUGCUUUAUUGGUUUAGGACCAUGUUGAAACCCCUCCCAUAACAUCUUUUGCUUUGUGGGCUACUCUCUUAACUUAUUUUGUUUUGUAUACCCUAUUUUGGUGGGGUUUAAACUGCUAAGUUAUGGGAAAAGACCAUUGUCGGUUUGCAGUA